UUUGCGGAGAAAAGUCACUUAUCGUUGAACUCGGGGAUGAUUCAUGUGAGACUCAGUCCGGCCCUGAACUUUCAGUUUGGUGCCUUCAGUGUCCUGGUGCUCCUCACCCUGAUAUGUUCAUGUAGAGGUCAGACUCAGGUCAUCGGUCCGACUCGGCCAAUAGUGGCAACAGUCGGUGAGGACGUCGUUCUGCAGAGCUUCCUGGACCCUGUCAUGGAUGCUUUCAGUAUGACAGUGGAGUGGACGAGACCCGACCUGGACCCCAGAUUUGUCUUUGUGUGGCGUGACGGAGUGGAACUGGAGAGUAAAAAGAAUCCACUGUACGAGGGAAGAACAUCAGUGUUCACUGAUGAACUGAAGGUCGGAAACAUUUCACUGAAACUCUCCAGAGUGAGAAUAUCUGAUGAGGGACGAUACAGAUGCUUCAUUCCAGCACUGAACAAAGACCAUGUUGUUCAGCUUGUUGUAGGUGCUGCCUCCUCACCUGUUGUCCAGAAGACCAAAGACAGCAGCAGAGUGGUUCUACAGUGUAACUCUACCGGCUGGUAUCCAGAACCUGAGGUGUUCUGGCUGGACGGUGAGGGAAACCUCCUCUCUGCUGGACCUACAGAGACAGUCAGAGGUCCUGAUGACCUCUAUACUGUCAGCAGCAGAGUGACUGUGGAGAAGAGACACAGCAACAGCUUCACCUGUAGAGUCCAACAGAACCACACCAACCAGACCAGAGAGACACACAUACAUGUUCCAGAUGAUUUCUUUCCGGUCCAGUCCAGUUCUUCUUCUACCACAGCUGGUUUGGUUGUUAGUUUGGCUGUUUGCAUCCUGGUUAUUCUGAUUCUUGGCUUUUAUGUGUGGAGACAAGAGAAAACCAAGACCAAGAGGAUCCACAGGGAUGAAACUGGUGAAGGAGAGAUGAACCAAGAGGGUGAGGGGCUUGUGACAAAGGUUGAUGGACUGAAAGAUAAAAUCAAUCAGCUCACAGAGGAGAAGAAGAGGAGUGAGGAAGAGCGACAGGAGCUGCAGACCAACAAAGAGCAGAUGGAGAAGCAGCUCCAGGAUCAGCAGCAGAAGGCAGCAGAAGCACAAAGAGAGCUGGAACAGAAGCUCAACGAUGAGAAGAAGUUGGGAUCUUCUCUCUCCUCUCAGGUUGUUAGUCUGACAGCUGAAGUCAACAAGCUCACAGAGGAGAAGAAGAAGAGUGAGGAAGAGCGACAGAAGCUGCAGACCAAGAUAACAGAGAUGGAGAAGCAGCUCCAGGAUCAGCAGCAGAAGGCAGCAGGAGCACAAAGAGAGUGGGAGAGAAAGUUCAACGAGGAGAAGAAGGAAAGAGAGAAAGAAGUGAAGGAGCUAAACAACAAGGUUGAUGGACUGAAAGAUAAAAUCAAUCAGCUCACAGAGGAGAAGAAGAGCAGUGAGGAAGAGCGACAGCAGCUGCAGACCAACAAAGAGCAGCUGGAGAAGCAGCUCAAUGAAGAGAAGAAGUUGGGAUCUUCUCUCUCCUCUCAGGUUGUUAGUCUGACAGCUGAAGUCAACAAGCUCACAGAGGAGAAGAAGAGUGAGGAAGAGCGACAGAAGAUGGAGAAGCAGCUCCAGGAUCAGCAGCAGAAGGCAGCAGGAGCACAAAGAGAGCUCCAGGAGGAGAAGAAGAAGAGAGAGGAAGAAGUUCAGGGGAAGAACCAGGAGCUGCAGGAGAAGACUGACCAGGUUGAUGGACUGGAAGAUGAAGUCGAUCAGCUCACAGAGGAGAAGAAGAGGAGUGAGGAAGAGCAACAGGAGCUGCAGACCAACAAAGAGCAGUAUGAAUGUGCCCAGCCCAGCUCAGAGGAGUUCAAGGAGAAUCCUGAGAAAGCAGAUGCAGAUGGAACAUGAUGCUGAGGUUCCCUCUAUUUAUUAUUUAUUUUACAUGUGAAACAUUGUUUAUUCAUUUGGCUGCUUUUAUUUCACUUUCUUUGUAAAUGUAAUAUCACAAUAUAUGGAAAUGUAGAAGAAAAAACAGUUCUCAGUCAAAUUGAUCUUUAACUUCAACUUAAUUGUGUGUUUUGUUUUGUUCUUGUCAGAUGAAGAUCAUUUGCUCUGUCAGUGUUUGGAGGUGGAGAGAGAGUCUAUGUAACCAUGAAUAUUUUUCAGCAUGGUUUUGUACAGCACUGUUAGAUUCUUCUUCUUCCUCUGCUGCAUGGCGGUUAGCAACCAGUGUUCAGGUGCUUUGCUGCCACCCACCAUCACAAAGCAACAACAGAAGUGAUUAAAGAGGAGCUGGGUUAUAUUAUCAUCUGAAUGUAAUGGACACAAUAUCAGUAUUUCAUUUACACAUGUACAGUAGCAUGUAUGGUAUUAAGGUAUAAAGUGGCUAAUGUUGAACAACUGUUCUGGUGUGUAUUGUUUCUCUGUUUGUCCGUCCUGUGUUGUUUUAUGCAGAACAUAUAAAUGCAGACAACCCUGUGAACAUUUCUCUGACAAAGCUCUUCUUAUUGUUUAUGUAAAAUGUUACUGUGAAAUCUCAAUUAUUGAUCUGCUGUAAACUCAAAAUAACAACGUGAACCCACAUAACUCAAAGUGUUUGAGCUUUUUUACUGGACUCAACAUUUAUAUUAAGACUUCAUGUCCUGAAGCACAAAUAUACAUUUACAGUCAUUAUGUCAUUCAUGUUUUUUAUGUUUUACAUUGUUUUAAUUCAACUUUUCAAUUUAGAAGGACCUGAUCCAUUUUUCUGCAUAUUGAGAUAAAACGUUUGUAUGUUAUUUGUGUUUGAGUUCAGUCCUGGAAUUCCAGGUGCUGAUGCUUAUGAAAUAUCAACUCCAAUGUAUGUUUUGACAAUACAGAAAUGAACAU